UAAUGUGAAAUUAAAGCCUUCGGGUGGCGACUACUGGAUAGGUAGCCGACGCUAAGAUUAUUUCUUUAGAUUUCAAGACUGAGAUAUAUUAUUGUGGCAGAGAAAUGGUCGAGGCGGCCAGGAGUCGAUAUGACACUUGAAAAAUGUGUGAAUUGCAACGAUAUACUGAUAUACUGAGGGUGGGGCAAAAAUGUUGACAAUCAUCUGCAACUGAGUCACAAAUAAAUGCUACAAUAGAAAUAUUGGAGAGAAAUUACGCCUAAGAAGUGGCUAAGGAAUGUAAAAUUGUUCAAUAGUCUUUCAACGUAAAGUAGAAAUCAAAGAUUUUCCUGGUGCAGAAAAAAGCAUCAAAGAUUCUUAUGUGAUACACAGGGGAACAACGCUAAAAGGAUUUUAAAAAUCACAAAGGCAGCAUUUGAACGGAAAAAGGGAAUUCUUUGAUGAUUGUUACGUAAUGUUAAAGGCGGGAAAGAGUACAAUCAAUCGCUAAUUACAUGCUUACAACGAGGUUACGUAAUUCUGAAGGGAACUGUCGCAGAACUACUUAAAACGAAAAAUAUUAAACAAUUUACGCUUAAUGCAUGGACCAGGGCUGGUCCCCACUCCUAGGAAAAAACCAUCGCAGAAGCGUUUAUCAUAACUUUCUUAUUGCUGAAUUCUAAGCGCCUGUGUGUAAGAGUUGACUGUGCCUGAUAGUAACGUUAAGAUCGAGACAACAGUCGAGCGGGUGUUCCAAGAGAAGAGUUACGGAUAAAACGGUUGGUCAGUUGAAAAAAUGAAAGCGGUGAUUUUGCUUUGCUGUCUUGUAAUCGGAGUUGCUCAGUCCUUGCUCCCUUCACCUGAGGGUAAGUGAAAAGACUUGUAGAUCAAAAUAUACGUUACUGUUUGUUUUGUUUUGUUUUGUUAAAUGCAAGUGGCGGUUACUUUCCUUUCAUCGCUAUUGUAUGGCAGUAACAGUGAUAUCGGAGAACACGAUCAUAUAAUGCAGGGAACAGUAUGAGAAACGUUUUCGCGGGCGACCUACAGCGGCUCCGCUCACUAAUUUUAAUCACACUGAGACCAGACAAAAAUAUUUACGAAUCAAUUAAUUUACAAUUCGUCUUUCUUUUUGCAGAGAAUAGGCGCUUAUCACGGCAAGGCAAAGAACUCUUUGAAGGCGACAUUGUCUUAACUCCCCAACAGAAAGCAGUUAUACAAGGUCUACAGAAAGGCUCGAUUACAAACAAAAGAUGGCCUAAUGGCGUUAUCGUGUACGAGAUUGAUAGCUCACUUUCAUCAGCGUCGAAGGCGAUGGCGGCAAUUAAUGCAGCUUUUGCUGAUUAUAAGAAGAAUACAUGCAUUACGUUUAAACAGAGGACAAACGAACGAGAUUAUGUAUCCUUCUUCAAGGGAGGCGGGUAAGUUUACAAAAAUUUAAAGUCUCAAAUCGAGGAAAUUACGUUUGCUGUCAUUAAAUAUUCCAGUAAUAUACAAAUUCUAACGAUUUAAUUCUCAAAUUUUGUCUAAAAGCAGCUCUUGAAGUUGCAAAGACGCUACUGAAUUAAGGUUUUGUGACUUUCUCAGUGAUAAGCAAGACAAACAAGCCUGCAUGGUGUGAUGUCGAUGAAAAACAUUGCAUAGUAGAGAUAAACAGUGCAGACAUAAAGUAGGAUAACAACCACUCGCGCCUCAAGGACAAUCGAGGGCUUAGUGCGUCUUGUUUAAACUCGAGAAAUUAUUUUCACCAGCUGAUUACAAUCUAAAAGCAGCUCAGCGAUAGGCCACAUUGACGGCUUAGCUUAUUCACUGUACACGCCCAUCUCGAACAGAGCUGUUUCGAUAU